UGUAUUAAUCUCAGACACCUCUUGCAGCUAAAAGCCUCUGAUCUUGAAGAUGAAGAACUUUUGGGAAACAAUGAAACCAGCGGUUGUAAUGGUGGCGGUUCAGAUCGUAUUUUCUGCUUGCAAUGUAAUCUACAAACUUGCCAUAAAUGAUGGGAUGAGCACUAUUGUCAUUUCAGCUUAUCGAAUGGCCUUUGCAGCGGCUACCACUAUUCCUAUUGCUCUUAUUUUUGAAAGGAAGAGGCCGAAGAUGUCUUGGAGGGUUAUUUUCAUGACAUUUCUAAGUGGAACAUUUGGGGGAACUUUAUUUCAGAACCUAUUCUACGGGGCCCUGGUUUUGGCAUCAGCAACACUUGUCUCCGCCAUUUACAACCUUAUUCCUUCCAUCACCUUCAUCUUAGCUGUAUUCUGCGGUUUCGAAAAAUUAAAUUGGGGACGAGUAUCAGGAAAGGCCAAGGUUGUAGGAACUUUGCUUGGACUCGCUGGGGCAUUGCUGCUGACAUUUUACAAAGGAGUAGAAUUUGAUAUUUGGCCUUUUUCUAUCAACCUUUUGGAUCCACACAAGAACCACCAAACUGAUGCUAAUGUGGCUGCUGAUACCAGUAGAGAAUUGUUGGGUGUUCUCUGUGUUGUGAUUAGCUGCUUCAGUUUCUCUCUCUGGCUCAUCAUUCAGGCUAAGACCAUGGAAGUGUACCCAUGUCCUCAGACAAGCAUAGCUUUGAUGUCUAUAAUGGGAACAAUACAAUGCGUUGUUUUUGGUUUCAUUGUUGAGAGGGACUUAAACCAAUGGAAAUUGGGUUGGGAUAUUAGGCUCAUAACCGUGGCUUUUUCAGGAAUUUUAGCCUCAGGAGUAAUGAUUCUUGUCAUUGCAUGGGUUGUACAGAUGAAAGGCCCUUUGUUUGCGUCUGCUUUCAACCCUCUAAUGCUUUUGAUUGUUGCUUUUGUCGCUUCUAUGGUGUUGGAUGAGAAGUUAAAUUUAGGCAGUGUGCUUGGAGGAGUGCUUAUUAUUUGUGGCCUAUACACGGUGCUUUGGGGUAAGGGCAAAGAAGCUCAAAAGAAGAGUGAUAACAUAGAGCCGCAAGAAAUCAUGGAAGAUUAUGAACCUACCAGGCCGCUACUAAGUCCAUGAUAGACUACGUGGAUAUAAUCACAAUAUAUAGCAAAGAAUAAGUGGUCUCUCGUAGAAUUUUCUAUUAUGAGUUGUGAAAUUAUAUGAUUUGUAAUUAAGUAGUAGAUGGCAUGUCCAUUUCUAGUUGCUAUUGUGUGUAUUUUGGACGUUACAUAAAUUAUUUUAGAAGAAAUUGGAAUUAUCUUCCCUCA